GCAAGAAAAAAAGCUUUACAGUACACUCUUCUCUAAUCAUAUCACAUCAGUCAGUCACAGACUGGUUGUCUGGUUACUUCGUUUUCGCCAUUGUUUUCGUCCAAUUCUUAAGAAAAUUUCUCUUUUCAACCCCCAUUCACACUCACUCUGCUUCUCAAAACCCUUUUCUUGACGUCGUCGUCUUCGAUUCGUUGGUUCAGGCUUAUUUGAUUUUGUUGUCCUCGUCGAGAUCUCAUUAGAAAAAAUUACGAGGUUCGUUGUUCCUGCCUGCCUGCCUCAUUUCGUUUAUGAUCUAGAAACAAUAAAUUCUUGUAAAAAGGUUGUUACGUUUCCGUAAUUGGCCUACAUCUGGAAUCUAACCAAGAUUUUGUUAUGUAUUGGUUCUGAAUUUGGCAUUUAGUACUGUGACUGAUGCUCUUUCCUGAUUUGGAUUUUUAUUCUUUUUGAGGUUUGAGGGUAUGGAUUCAACGUGAGUCAAUCAAAUGUUGCCUAUAAAUGUGAAUCCUUUAUGGCUUGAUUAGGUCUAUAUGAUGUUAGUUGGAUUUGAGAAAUCUUGGUUGUAUAGUGUAGAUAAAAGCUGACCAUGAAGCUGGCCUCAGUUUUUGGUCUUAGACCACGGAUCAGCGGUUUACUAUUCUUGAUCCUUGGUGUUAUUGCUCUCAUUACCAUUUUAGUACCAAACUCUGAUGAUGACUCUUCUUCAACUACGCGAGGGCCACCACAUAACGUUUAUAGUAACUAUGGGAGGAUUAAGGAGCAAGCAGCUAUUGAUUAUCUAGAUCUAAGGUUUUUCUCCUUAGGGGUUAAUCGGUUAAAAGAGUUUCCUUUAUGUGGUAAAGAGAGAGAAAACUAUGUUCCUUGUUAUAACGUAACAGAGAAUGUACUUGCUGAUCGGAAUUGUGGGUUUGCAAGAGAAGAGGAAAGAUGUAUAGUUCGUCCUCCCAAGGAUUAUAAGAUACCACUUAGAUGGCCUGUUGGUAGAGAUAUUAUAUGGACUGGGAAUGUCAAGAUUACUAAAGAUCAGUUUCUUUCAUCAGGAACUAUGACUAAAAGGCUCAUGUUGCUUGAAGAGAAUCAAAUUACAUUUCACUCGGAAGAUGGCUUGCUCUUUGACGGGGUCAAAGAUUACGCUUUUCAAAUCGCUGAGAUGAUUGGAUUAGGAAGCGAUGCCGAGUUUCCUCAAGCUGGUAUACGGACUGUGUUAGACAUCGGUUGCGGAUUUGGUAGCUUUGGUGCACAUCUAGUGUCUUUGAAAGUGAUGCCUAUAUGUAUAGCAGAGUAUGAGGCAACUGGAAGCCAAGUCCAGUUAGCUCUAGAGAGAGGCCUUCCUGCGAUGAUUGGAAAUUUCUUUUCGAAACAGCUUCCAUAUCCAGCUUUAUCAUUUGACAUGGUUCACUGUGCUCAAUGUGAGAUUACUUGGGAUAUAAAAGAUGCAAUGCUACUCUUGGAAGUGGAUCGUGUUCUCAAGCCCGGGGGUUAUUUUGUUUUAACAUCCCCUACAAGCAAAGCACAGGGAAAUUCUCCUGACACUAAAAAAACAAGUAUCUCAACACGAGUGGAUGAGUUAUCUAAGAAAAUCUGUUGGAGUCUCUCAGGUCAGCAAGAUGAGACGUUUCUUUGGCAGAAAACAACAGAUUCUAAUUGUUAUUCAUCUCGCUCGGAAGCUUCUAUACCUCUUUGCAAAGAUGAUGAUAGUGUUCCGUAUUACCAACCCCUUGUUCCAUGUAUAAGUGGAACCAAGAGUAAACGAUGGAUUCCUAUUCAGAAUAGGUCUACAGCUAAUGGUAUUAAACCUGAAGAAUUCGAUGAGGAUAUACAAGUAUGGAGAUCAGCCCUUAAAAACUAUUGGUCCUUGCUUACACCUUUGAUAUUCUCAGACCACCCCAAAAGACCUGGUGAUGAAGAUCCUGUCCCACCUUUUUACAUGAUACGCAAUGCCAUGGACAUGAAUGCUCGUUAUGGGAAUCUGAAUCACGCCUUACUGAAACAAGGGAAAUCAGUUUGGGUGAUGAAUGUUGUCCCAGUCAAGGCACGUAAUACGCUUCCUAUUAUACUUGAUCGAGGUUUUGCCGGCGUUUUACAUGACUGGUGUGAACCAUUCCCUACUUAUCCGCGAACAUAUGACAUGCUACAUGCCAAUGAACUUCUCACACAUCUUAGCUCAGAACGGUGCAGCCUAAUGGACUUGUUCUUGGAAAUGGACCGGAUUCUUCGUCCUGAGGGAUGGGUUGUGCUAAGCGAUAAGCUUGGAGUGAUAGAGAUGGCACGUACACUUGCUGCUCGUGUACGUUGGGAAGCACGGGUCAUAGAUCUUCAAGACGGAAGUGACCAACGGCUCCUCGUUUGUCAAAAACCUUUCCUGAAGAAGUAACUCAAAACAAGCAAGAUGUCAAACUUUUUGCUUCUCUGCACCAUCCGACACUAAGUACAGUAUUUUUUUAAUAGAGUCUCACUUUGCUUUGAAGAUCCAAAUGAUGAUACUUGCAAAUCCUGGAGCGAUAUCAAGAAGAUGAAAUGGAGACUGAGAUUUUCUACUAAUAGGGCAGAUUUAUCAUCAUCAUAUUACAACAUUCUUUUCAUAUUUUCUUCCUCUUCUGUUUUGCAAACAAAUUUGCAGUUAUAUAUAAUUUCUUUCAUUCAUCCAUUAUUGCACAUUAUUGUUUUCAGUUUUAUUUUCUGCGUUUUGUAAUUGUUUCCAAAGGAUCUCUCGUAUAUAUUCAUAAUUCAUCUA